AUUCUUCGGAUAAUGGAAGUAUUUCAUACCGGUGUGAAUUGUGAGAUUAUGAAGAUCAGAAGCUGUUCUGGAAUUACAAAACCAGGUCUUUUGCUUGUACACUCCGAGUUACCUGCUCUCACCUUCCAUAAACCCAAGUUAACAUGGACAUCGACUCUUAAAAUCCCUGGUAACUGUGAGAGGACCUCUGGAUCGGUUACAAGGUUCCGUUGCAGUGUUGCUGGUAGAACCUUUUCUUCUAUACCUGUGAGUUCAUCUUCUUCGAAGCCAUAUACUGUUCAUCUGAAUCGGAAGCAAGUCCAUCCCUCAUCCUUGUAUAGUCGUCCUAGUUUGUCUAACAUGAAGAAAGAGAGGAUAGCAAAUCGUGCUAAGGUUUAUGAGUUUUUGAGGGUACUUGGUAUUAUUCCUGAUGAGCUAGAUGGGCUAGAACUUCCUGUGACGGUUGAGGUUAUACAAGAACGUAUAGAUUCUCUUCAUAAAUUGGGGCUUACUAUUGAGGACAUCAACAAUUAUCCGCUGGUUCUCGGUUGUAGUGUGAAAAAGAACAUGAUUCCGGUGCUUGAUUAUUUGGGGAAAUUGGGUAUUAGAAAAUCCACUUUCACAGAGUUUUUGAGAAGAUAUCCACAAGUUCUCCAUGCAAGUGUUGUGGUUGACCUUGCCCCGGUAGUCAAGUAUCUUCAAGGGAUGGAUAUCAAGCCUAAUGAUAUACCUCGGGUGCUUGAGAGAUAUCCAGAAGUCUUGGGAUUUAAGCUUGAGGGGACAAUGAGCACAUCAAUGGCUUAUUUAGUUGGCAUUGGAGUGUCUAGAAGGGAAGUUGGAGGGGUCUUAACCAGAUACCCUGAUAUUCUUGGGAUGCGAGUUGGCCGCGUGAUCAAGCCAUUUGUGGAUUAUCUUGAAGGUUUGUGUAUUCCAAGGUUAGCUAUAGCUAGAUUGAUAGAGAAGGGACCUCACAUCCUUGGGUUUGGAUUAGAGGAGAGGGUCAAACCAAAUGUUGCAUCCCUUCUAGAGUUCAAUGUUAGAAAAGAAUCACUUCCAUCUAUAAUAGCACAAUAUUCUGAAAUCAUUGGAAUUGAUCUUCUGCCAAAGCUUCUUGGUCAAAGGAGUUUGAUUCAAUCAAUCAUUGAUUUGAAACCUGAGGAUUUUGGGACUGUUGUGGAGAAAAUGCCUCAGAUUGUGAGCCUUAGUAAGACUUCUAUGGUGAAACAUGCAGAUUUCCUAAAGGCUUGUGGAUUUUCCUUGCAACAAGUGAGGUCCAUGGUUGUAGAAUGUCCCCAGAUCCUUGCUUUGAAUCUUGACAUCAUGAAACUCAGCGUCGAUUAAUUCCAAAUGGAGAUGCAGAGCCCACUUUAUGAUUUGGCUGCCUUCCCACCAUUCUUUACUUAUGGUCUUGAAUCCACUAUAAAGCCUAGAGACAAGAUUGUAAGAAAGAAAGGUUUUAAAUGUUCUCUCUCGUGGCUUCUUAACUGCUCUAAUGAGAAAUUUAUGGAACGGUUGAACUACGACACAAUUGAGGUGGAGGAAAUGGAAACAAUGCCUUCAUUUGACACGAAUUCACUGAUGGAACCAAGGAGCAAUGAGUCUGAUUCUGACUAUGAGGAUAGUGAUGACGAGUACGUAUAAAACCAUUAGAAAUUCUUGGCUUUUCUCAAAUCAUAUAAUAUUUUUGCGGGGAGCACGAUGUGAACUUUGAAAGUUCAAAGUAAACUCUGUUUAGUCGAAACACGAUGAUGAAAU